CUGUUUUUAGUAGGUAGGUGGUAUUUCUGUAAUACAACCCCAAAACUUAGGUCUAUCUCUUUGCUCAUCAUGUUUAUAUAUUCAUCAUCACCAGGUAGUACUAAAUAUUUCCUAGUCUUAUCCUUAUCCAGCUUUUUGUUUGAGAAUUCAGAAAAUUUCAGUGGCAAUGGACGUAAUUUCUGCAAGAAUGUCGUCGUCGACAUUGAACCCUAACGCGCCGAUGUUCGUUCCAUUGGCGUAUCGGACGGUGGAGGACUUCUCCGAUGAAUGGUGGGCCCUGGUGCAAUCUUCCCCUUGGUUCCGCGACUACUGGCUACAGGAAUGUUUCCAUGAUCCCCAAGAUGACCCUUCCUUUGUCGAUAUUUACGAUCCUGUCCUCCCCGAAAUUGACGCUCUCUUCCACGAUGCUGAUAUCAUCAAUGAGGAGGGAGGAGGAGACCAUAGCAAGGAACUGGUUUCAAUGGGAGCCUUGAAAUGGCGAAAAGGCAGGGCUUUAACGGAAGUUCCGAGGUAUAUUGAAAAAGCUCCGAAGAUUGUGAAUGUGAAAGUGAGUCCAAGGACGAUUCAGCAGCCGAGGUAGAUCUGUUUUGGCUCAGUGAGUUCGUACCUAAGUUUAUCAGCAUGUUCGAGGUUCACCAAUGAUCUUAAGAAUUGUUGUCAAAAUCUGGUUUUCGUUGUAAAUUUCUGUACAGACUGUAACUUCCAUGUCGUAGACUAAUUUCUCAUGCUUGUUGUUUCUGUAGUUUGUACCUUGUUUUUCAGAAAAUAAAAGCAUAACAAAAACAAAAGGAAAAAAAAACAAAAAAAAGAAUUUAUUUUCA